AUGUCAGUGUCCCAUCUUUGUGACAAAUACUCCGCCAGCACCAGCUUCAAAGUGAUCAGAUCGGACCUAGUGAACCUGAGGGCACACCUGAACACCCUAUCGAUGGAAGUAAAGAACGUGAUGGAAACGCGAGAUGAUUUGAAGAGCAGGCUAAUGGAGGUUGGUUAUGUGAUCCCAAAGAUGUCCGAGGCCAUUUUGUAUUUAAGGAACGAAGUAUCCGAAGGAAUGGAUACGCACACAAAAGCUCUGUUAAAAGCCAUGUCCCCGGAAACGGUCAGAGAUUUGGUGAGGACCGAAUUGCAGACGUACGAUGCCGACAAGACUGGCAGAACGGAUUACGCUCUUGGAAGUUCAGGAGGCGCGAUUCUUACUACAAGGAACACAGAAACGUACUCGGCUGGUGCACCCGUCCUGAAAUUUUUUGGAAUUCCGCUUUGUCAACAACAAAACACGCCUCAAGCUGUAAUUCAGACUGGCGUUCUUCCGGGCGAAUGCUGGGCAUUCAAAGGCAGCAGCGGUAGCGUUGUCAUACAGUUACUUGGCCCCGUACACGUUUCCGGUGUCAGUUUAGAACACAUUCCAGAAACCAUAUCACCCACAGGGGAAACGAGCACCGCACCGAAGGAUUUCUCUCUUUGGGGACUGGAUUGCGUGGACGAUACACAUCCAUUUUUCUUUGGUGAUUUCAUGUACGACAAUACUGGUCCUCCUAUACAAUACUUCGAGAUUCAGACAGAGCCGAAGAAGCCGUACAAAAUAGUCGAAUUAAAGGUUCACUCCAAUAGCGGUAAUAAUGAAUACACCUGCAUUUAUCGAAUACGGGUUCACGGUACUUUAAGCCAGAAGAAUAGAUAA